CAGACCAGGGGGGAAAAGAGAGGGGGGAGAGAGAAGAGGAGUAGGAAGUAAUGGAGAGAUUACAGAGGAUGAUCGCGGGAGCAGCAGGGGGGCUGGGGGUGGGACACCCACCUCCAGAUUCUCCGCUGCUUGAUACGUCGGAGCAGGUCUACAUUUCUUCUCUGGCCCUCCUUAAGAUGCUCAAGCAUGGAAGAGCUGGGGUUCCGAUGGAAGUGAUGGGUUUGAUGUUGGGUGAGUUCGUAGACGAGUACACUGUUCGUGUUGUUGACGUUUUCGCGAUGCCCCAGAGUGGUACUGGCGUUAGUGUCGAGGCCGUUGAUCAUGUCUUCCAGACUACCAUGCUCGAUAUGCUCAAGCAGACUGGCAGACCAGAGAUGGUAGUUGGGUGGUACCAUUCACAUCCUGGAUUUGGGUGCUGGCUUUCAGGUGUGGACAUCAAUACACAACAGAGCUUUGAAGCCUUGAACCAACGGGCUGUUGCAGUGGUGGUUGACCCAAUCCAAAGUGUAAAAGGGAAGGUGGUGAUUGAUGCCUUCCGCUUAAUCAACCCACAAACUAUGAUGCUUGGCCAAGAGCCAAGGCAAACAACAUCUAAUCUUGGACAUCUAAACAAACCACCCAUUCAGGCUUUGAUCCAUGGAUUGAAUAGGCAUUACUACUCGAUAGCCAUUAAUUACAGGAAGAAUGAACUUGAGGAGAAAAUGUUACUCAACUUACAUAAGAAGAAGUGGACUGAUGGACUGACACUACAACGGUUUGAUACCCAUGCCAAAACUAAUGAGCAAACUAUUCAGGAGAUGCUGAACUUGGCAAUCAAAUACAAUAAGGCGGUUCAGGAGGAAGAUGAAUUGCCACCAGAGAAGCUAGCGAUUGCAAAUGUUGGCAGACAGGAUGCCAAGAAGCAUCUGGAAGAACAUGUUUCCAACUUGAUGUCAUCAAACAUAGUUCAGACUUUAGGAACAAUGCUAGACACAGUUGUAUUCUGAGGGUAGAGAGAAGGGAGGGUUCAGCACGGAUUCAAGUUGCAUUUCAUUGGAAUUAACUCAUACUAUAACCAAUUUUUUGUCAUAACUCAAAAGGCCAUUUCAUUCUAGUUGAACAAAAAUUAAGAAAAGUCUGAACCAUAUUCGUUGGUCUUACUUAA